CCCGACCUGAAUUGAACCCCAAUUCGUUUUCAUACCAGAUAAUAUUAUGCCUUGGUUGUGAGAGUGGUUGUGAGAGUGACCCAGAAUUGUAAUUGAGCACCAUCAAUUAUUACUUGCAAAACCCCUUGAAGCUUCUGCCAUUAAUGAUCAAUGGCUUCUUCUUCAUCUUCCAAGUAUUUAUAUCCACCGGAGGACUUCGAUGUCACAGACUUUGUCACCAUCAAGCUCUCUGACACAAACUACAAAACCUGGAAAGCCAUAAUGCUUCGCUUAAUUGGGACUCAAGGUCUGCUUGGGUUCAUCAAUGGCGAAAUAUCACCACCUCCUGCAGAGAGGAUUACAGUACCUGAUGGGAGCGAUGGCACAAGGGAGAAAGAGAAUAUGGAGUACAAGGAAUGGGAAAGAUCAGAUGGGCUGUUGAGAGGUUGGAUCUUAGCAACACUCAGCCAAGAUCUCUUACCUCAAGUGUCCAUGUUGAAAACUGCCCAAGAUGUGUGGUUGACACUAGCAAAAGCCUUAAAUCAGCCUGUCUUGGAUGAAACUAAAACCGGGGCAAACAGAGCGUGUAGCAAAAAUCUUGCCCAUUACCUGCCUCUGUACGAAGCUGCACUCCAAGGUGACUGGGAGACAGCCAGCACAAUUUUGGAACAAGAUCCAAAAGCUUUCAAGGCAAUAAUCACAGGAGCCUCAGAAAGGGCUUUGUUUGUGGCGAUUAGAUCACCGAGGAAAAACCAUUUUCUAACGAAGCUGGUGGAGCAUAUGUCAGCAACGGAUCUGGCUUUCGUUGACGAAGAUGGCUCAACAGCUCUUCAUAUAGCUGCAAUAGCUGGCAACAUCGAGGCAGCCAAGUUGCUAGUGAAUAAGAACUCCGACCUGCCUAAUAUUUUGGACAAUAGUAACUCACUACCUCUCCAUUCAGCUGCAGUUUGCGGCCAACGGGAGAUGUUUCUCUACUUAAUGACAGUUACCAAUGCAAACAUGGAGCCAAAACCAUUCGAGGAUGAAUCAGGUGUUAGACUACUUCGUGCCCUGAUAACUUACGGAUAUUAUGACCUGGCUUUCACUUUGGUUAAGUGCUGCCCCAAGUUGGCAUGUUGGGAUCCAUCCCCUUUGCAAUCAAUUACAGAAAGACAUUAUGAUUUCCAAAGUGGAGCACGCUUAAAACACUGGCAAAGAUUGAUCUACAAAUGUGUUCCUGCACAGUUGGAAAACCUUGCGGACCAACAUAGUGGAGGGGACAUAGAGAAUCCCUUCCAUGGCUUCAUUUUGGAAUUAAAGAAGGCAUAUAGGUAUGGAUCUCGCACUAUAUCUGUUGGACCCAAUCUUUGAUGCAAUUACGUAUUACUAAAUUUAGUUCUAAAAGCCACAUGCUUAAAGAAUACAUAUCAUACAAAUAAUCAUCAAGUCGGAGGGAUUGGAUUUAUGGAAAUCAAGUAAAGGCUGGUUGAUGGCAAUUUGACAUCAUUCAAAACACGAACACUCAAUACAUGUGACUUGUUGCCCAACAAAUAAGAAAGUAGAGAAUAUCAGAUAGUUUGUGUUGGAUUUGUGCAGCGAUUAAUCACCAUUGAUACCAUUUGUUGGGAGAU